AACACAACCCUUGAAUGGAUCGACACUAAUUAUCCAGCCAGUUACGGUUCGCGGCAAAAUGUUGAAAACACUUUUUCUAAUCGGCAUUAUUUUUUUAAAGUCAUUGUGUUUUGGUCGGACGAAUUUGGUAAAUACUAUUAUAAAAACGACACAAUUUUCAGAUGGGUCAAGUGUAGAUUGUUUUGCUUGGUAUUUACCAAAAAUAAAUGAGGUUGCCAAUACCUACGAAUUGGCCUAUUUACAAUGUCUUAAUGAAGCAAAUGCCGAGCGUCAAGCUUUGGACGAUGGUGUGCUUUCGGAUCGUGAACAAUUGGAUAAUGAUGCCGAACAAAUUUGCAAUCUGUAUGGGAAUUGUGGCAGGGAGGGAGAGUUCCUCGAAGACUUCUUUGAUUGUUAUGCAAAUGUUUCUCGGGAAGUUCAAACAACCACUGAUGCCAUGGAAAUUCUGUCAUACAAAAAUGUACAGCACCUAAAACUGAACUAUGAAAUUAUAAUGUACAAUCAAAAUAAUUGCACAGAUGCAUGUUCAAACGUCUAUGUUCAAGAAACUACUGGCCUAUAUGCCGAACUGCAGGCCUGCCUCUCUGGUGAGGUUUAUACGACAUCUGAAUUGCCAUCAACUGAGGACUUAACUACUAAAACGACAACGGAAGAAGUAACAAGUACAACCGAAACCUAUUCCAUGGAGACAACAUCGUCCACUGCGACUCCUCCACCACCACCUCCUACACCACCGACAUUACAACCUAUCAUCACUCCUCCAAACAACAUUACACCCAUCGAACCAGAAAUAGUUACAACUCCGGCAGCUCCCACACAUCCAACUCCUACAACACCGAAGAGUACUGAAUCCCCAUUUCCAACACCACCAAAUGUUGGAAGCUUUUUGAUUCAAUAAAAAUUGAACAGUAUUUGGAUUAUAUAUUAAAUUUAAUUAAAAAUUCCACAUUUAUAGUCUAAAAACCUCUCUAUUACAGGGUGAGGUAAAAAAACUGCAACAAAGGCAAACGCCAUAAUUUUUACAUUUUUAUACCCUCCACCAUACAUAGCAUUGAGGGUAUAUUAAGUUCGUCAUUCCGUUUGUAACUCAUCGAAAUAAUAAUUUUAGACCCAACAAAGUGUAUAUAUUCUGGAUCAGCGUAAAAUUCUGAGACGAUUUAGUCCUGUC